UAUGGAUUAAGGAUUAGAUGCUGGAUAAUUGUUGGCAGAAUUGAAAAAGCAAGAUGAAGUAAAUUAUUUAUAAUAAAUAAUUAGUGGGCUAAAGCAAUAAUAUUUGAUGAAGAUUUAAAUGUGAUUACACAUAAAAAUUGUGCAGCUUCAAAAGAAGAGUUGGCACCAUACCUAAAGGCAUACGAUGUAAGAGAUAAUACAAUUGGAGCUGGAUUUGUGUUAUUAGGAGAACAUUAUGAAGUUCAUAGAUGGCAUCCUCCUCUGGUUUAUGGAAGAAGAGGUGAUGCAGAUGUAGGAGAAGGGAUUUCAUUAGCUAGAGUAAUAUGGAAUAGAUAAUUAUUGUUUAGGGGAUUUGCAAAAAACAUAAUGGUAAGAGAGUGUAUUUAUUGAUAACAUAUGAAUUACCAAUAGUUAGUGCAAGAGCUGUUCCAUAAUAAAUUAAUUUUUAUAAUCAAUUUAUUGGUGAAUUAGAGAAAUUUGAUAUAAAGUAAUAAUGAG